CUGUGGUCAUACUGAAGAGGGUGGAAUAUAACCUUCAUCCCGCGGAAUUUGGUCCUUUCCGGUGGAGUGGAGUGUUGAAAGGUGUCAACAUCAGGGUUUUCGAGCCACCCGCUGGGAGUCAGCAGUGGACACCUCCCCUGUCAACGAUUAUGACCGUACAGAGAACAGAUUCCCCAUCCAGUACUGAAAUCGUCUCUGACGUUCCCUACUGUUCCACUUCUAUCAAGAACCAUCCACUGACUGACGUUCAAACCAUGUCUACUAGAGUAGAUGCUAUCGAAAUUGCCGACCCCGUGCUCAACCUUUACAACUCAAAGGGGCAACUUAGCAGGAAAAAGAAUAUGCAAAUUUGGAAUAGUCACGAUCCAGGGUAUUUCAAGGACAACAGCACGCCCAAUGUUGCUGGAUCGAUUUGGCCCGUAACGAUAGACGUAUCGAAAUCCACACAACUCGUC